UAAACAAUUUAACAAGUAAACUAUCUGUGUUAACUUUAAGGUGCAGCAUUAUUAAACAGUAAUAAAGUCUAUUGUACAGUAAAAUGUUAGUCUCAAGUUAUAUUCGUGUCGGCAGAGGGAAAAACUUGAUAAUUUUACUAGUAUUUUUAGUUUUAGUGUUAGGGCAGCAAUCUGUUGCGGAGAAAAAGAAAAAUGAACCUGGAAAACAAAAGCCAGCAACCGUAACAGAAAAAGUAUUUGACAGGUUAAAAACAUUGGAAACACUUUUGAAAAAGAGCACUGCAGAUAAAGACUGCAAGAGCGGUAUUAAAUCUCAUAUGGAUUGGUUGAAAACUAAAGCAAAUGAGUGCAAAACGACAAAAAAACCUGAACUGGAUAAUUUAUGUGAAAGAGUACUACCCUUGUACAAAAUCAUGUUAGAUUCACUCUCUAGAGUAGUAAAUACUGAUUGCAAGUUGUUAUAAUUAUGUUGUCGAAGUAUUAAUUACGCAUGUAUUAGACAUCCUUAAAUAUGUAAUAUAAUAAAAAUAAACUUAAUAAAGAUUGUGUAUUUUUGCCGA